UUUUUUAUUUCUAUUAUUUAAUAUUGCAUUAAUUGUUUGUCUGAGUUAUUAGUGACAUUGAAAGAAAUAUACAUAGAAAAAGAGUAGGGAUUAGUAGCUUCUAAUCAUUAGAUGGAAACUGAUAACUAUUCUAUGUUUCAUCUGUGUUUUUAUCAGUAUGAUUCUAUAAAUUAAUAUUUAAAUUAUACUUCUAAUCAUUAAUAUAUAUUUAAAAAAUACUAUUUCGGAAGUUUUUAAUUAAUUUUUAAUUAAAUAAUAUUAACAAAGUUAAAUAUGAAUAAGUAUAAAAUUAAGGUCGGAAUAAUUGGUGGUUCAGGUUUAAAUAAUCCUCAAAAUCAGAUAUUAAAUUGUCAAACUAUAACUACACGAGAAAAGGCUAAAAAUGAAUUUGGAUUUCCAUCUAGUGAUCUUUAUCACGGAAAUAUUAAUGAUGUAGAUGUGAUAUUAUUAUCAAGACAUGGACCAGAUCAUAAGAUAAGUCCUACUGCAGUAAAUUAUCGUGCUAAUAUUGAAGCUUUACGCUUAGCUGGAUGUACUCAUAUAAUUGCAUCAACAGCAUGUGGCUCCUUACAAGAUUUUAUUUGUAAAGGACUAUUAGUUGUUCCAGAUAGCUUUUUAGAUAGGACGAUAAAAAGAAGUACAACUUUUUAUGAUGGUUCUUCACCUAAAUAUUCUGGAGUAUGCCAUAUGCCAAUGGAACCAGCUUUUGAUCCAACUACAUCUCAAAUAUUAUUUGAAGUUGGCAAAGAAUUAGGAUAUAAAAUAAGGAAAGGAGGAACAAUUGUGACAAUAGAAGGACCAAGAUUUUCUUCAAAAGCUGAAAGUAAUGCAUUGCGUAUGUGGGGUGGGCAUUUAGUUAAUAUGACAACAUGUCCAGAG